GAAUGGUGGGAAGGCGUUAGAGUAAUGAAGCUACUUGAAGAUAGAUGGCGCUUAGUGAUUACUUCUGCUCUUAAGUUUCGGAUGAUGCGUCUGUAGAACGUGAAAAUAGAUAAACAACUUUAUUAAUCAAAAAUGUGUUCAAUGCAUUGGACUGACGGCUUAAAGCAGUAGUUGUAGUUCCGAUAUCCGAUUUCGUCUUGGAAUAAAAACGCCUCCUAUGGUGUGAGAAACUAUGAAGUUAUGGCCGAAGAUGGAACAAUUGAUUACUCUGUCCAUGAAGCCUGGAAUGAAGCCACCAAUGUUUACCUGCUUGUAAUUCUUGUCAGUUUUGGACUGUUAAUUUAUGCCCGGAAAAACAAAAGGAAGAUUAUGCGAAUAUUUUCUGUACCUCCUGCUACUGAGACAUUACCUGGAAAUAACUUUUAUGACAACAUACAGAAAGUUCGCUUGCGCCAGCAGUUGGAAAUGUAUUACAUCUCCAGGAAGUAUGAUCAACAGCAAAACCAGAGUUCUGCUGACAGUACUCAACUUUUGAUGGAGUGAAUCUUAAGAUCCGUCUCAGAGAUCUGCAUUUUUUACAGAUAGAACUGAGUAGCGCUACUUUAUUCAUUAUUUAUUCACUACAGCCAUGGGUUGAAAUCUGUUUCACUUGAAGAUACCAGGGUGACAAAUAAAAACUUGCUGCCAGGCUGUACAGACAUGGAAGAAUGUGUAUUUUACACUUUUCUUUGAAUCUGUUUAAAAGAUUUCUUACUUGCAACCAUUAGUGUAUUAAAAAGCAUGAUUCCAUACAA